AUGCCACCAUAUGGCAAGAAUGUUAUUGAAGGAUUGAAUGGAAAUGCUCGGGAUUCUGCAGCACGUGUUGAAGCAGUACGUCAAAGUUGUUCAAGUUACAAUGGACAAGUCGAGUCGAUAACUCUCGGUGAUUUUGAAUUAUCAAUUGAUCAUAAACUUAUGGAUCCUGCAUGGAAUCGUAAAUAUAUUUGGUCUCCUGAAGAUCCUGAAAAAGGAGAAUAUUGGAAACAGUCACUAAAUAGAGGUGGUAGACCAUAUUUUUGUCCAUCAGGUUCGUUGAAAAUAAACAUUAUUCUUCUUAAUUUAAAUGUGUGCACUAUGAAACAACUCAGAAAAGUUUCCGGGCAAGCACUUUUUGGUAUCCACAUAGGAGAUUUGAAAAUAUAG